CCUCAUGGUUUUACAUUCGCUUUGUCUUCUGAAACCUCGCCCUCUGCAUUUAAACACAUUUUGGAGAAAAUGAAACUGAGGGGAGGAAACGUACACGAGCAGCUCUCAGCAGUGUGAGGUGUAAUACACCUGAAGACUGUGUUUUCAUUAAGAAAUGGCUGAUGACUCAUCAGAUUUCUGUAAGUCUAAGUUCUCCUGACACACCAGAAACAUAUGAUUAUUGCCCAGUAAAAGAAAUGGGCACAGCUACUGGGAACAAUCCCUCACAGACCAUAGAGGAUACAACAAAGCAAACGUGCAAAAUCAAGAAAAAUAAGAAGGAAAAGAAAGAAAAACAUCUGCAUAUGAAAGUUAGUUAUGAAAAGAAAGAAAAGAAUCUGGAAGCAAGAGAGAUUGCUGUAGAAAAGAGAGAAACCCAUCAGAAUAGAAGAGAAAUUCAUCUGGAAGAGAGAGAAAAGCAUCUGAAUGAAAAAGAAACGAAUUUAGCAGAAAAAGAAAAGCAUCUACAACAAAAAGAAAUUACUUUGCAAGAGAAAGGAAAGCAUCUGGAUGGAAAAGAAGUUCAGUUUGAAGAAAAAGAAAAGCAUCUGGAUGGAAAAGAAAUGAAUUUAGCAGAAAAAGAAAAGCAUCUACAGCAAAGAGGGAUUCAUUUGCAAGAGAAAGAAAAGCAUCUGGAUGGAAAAGAAGUUCAAUUUGAAGAGAAAGAAAAACAACUGUUUGUAAGAGAGAUUAAUUUGGGGAAAAGAUCAAAAUAUCUAGAGGGAAGAGAGACUCGCUUGCAAGAGAGAACAAAACAUCUGGAAGAAAAAGACAUUUCUUUAGAAGGAAGCUUAAAGCAUCUGUUGGGGAGAGAGAAUAGUUUGCAAGAGAGAACAAAACAUCUGGAAGAAAAAGAAGUUUCUUUAGAUGAACGUUUAAAGCAUCUGUUGGGGAGAGAGAAUAGUUUGCAAGAGAGAGGAAAGUGUCUGGAUGGAAGAGAGGUUCAACUGGAAAAGAGGGAAAUGCGUAUAGAUAGAAGAGAGAGUCGUGUGGAUGAGAGAGAACAGCGCCUGGAGGGAAAGGAGAUUCAUUUGGAAGAGAAAGAAAAAAAUCUUGCACAACAUGACCUGAGACAUCUUAAUUCUGCAGAUAGAGAAAAUGAAAAACAGGAAAGAAGUUCAUUCAUGAAAAGUUCCAAGAAGCAAAAGAGAGAACAUCCUGAUGAAGAAGAGAAAGAGCACUCUGUUGAUGAGUAACCCAUUCAGUGUAGAAACAGACAGUAGACCUGUGCAUGAACACCGGCUGGAAGAAGAAACCUUCAGGUGGAAGAAGAGGAAGAAAUUAGUACCUUACCUGAAUAUAUACUGGAUCUGUACGUGACUUGAAUAGAGAUCAGAACAUUAUUCUGAUAAUAAUAUUUUUAACAAAGCCACGUUAAAAUAAAGAGGACACAAACUCAACAGUCGAGCAUGAACAACCACUUAUCAAAACUACUUAAUAUUAUGUGUGUCCUGUGAACCGAGCAGCCAGCCAAAUUCCCAUUCCUGAGUCAGGCAACAAAACUGUAAAAAACAAACAAACAAAAAACUUGCUGAUACGACAUACGCCUGUGAUGUUUAUGUGAAAAAAAAAAAACUAAUGUAAAAAUUAG